AUGUUCUCCGAAUACGCAUCUAGAUUCCUUGCACAGUCGCAAUCUCGACUCUCGAAUUUCGCGGGGCAAGACAACGGCGACCGCCCAUCACGAACGACCGACUGGCAAAGCCGCGGGUCACGACUCAACUCGGGCCGACCUUUCCUAGGCAGGGGCGGUGGGAACCCAUACGGACAGUCCGGCGGCUCGCGGUUCGGUAACCUAGCUACCUUCGGCUCGCGAUACGCGACCAACGAUGCGCCGCUGUUCCAGGCCACGCUCGAACACGAUGAUGAGGAUGAGGAGGAUGCGGCCGAGCUAUUUGCGCUACAGCGGUCGCGGCGGGUCUUCGCAGCCGGUCCGCUAGAGGAGAGCGCCGAGACGGAUAAUGAUGAUAGCCGGGGGUCGUUAGAAAGGGGCCGUGAGGGUGGGGAGUCGGUACUGGGGGAACAACGCCGGGGGAUUAAGAGCAGUUGGAACGGGAGUAGGAGCCACGCGCGCCAACCUCUCAGGGGCGACGCAUUGAGGAGGGAUAACGGGGGAAAGCACCGGCGGAGCUCGGGGGAAAGCGACGAUAGCCCGGGGAUGGAGGAUGUUGCGCUGCAGUCUACCAUUGCCGAUAGCGAGCCACCCGAGGAUCUCUUGAUGGAGCGCGCCGCGGAAGAUAACGACGACCCCCCGGCUUUUCAAAAGUUUCAGUCGACCGCGGGUCCGACACCACAGUUUCUCGGAAGGAAUUCCGCCGCAGAUUCGGAACUUGGCCUGGAGCGCCCGCCAAGCUCAGUCGAUACGAACUUGAACGAUGCCACGCCAACAGCACACGCAGCCGAGGUUGAAAUCUUUAAGCACGACGCCUUUUUUGCUUGGCUCUACCUGAUCGCGCAAGCAUCACUCUUCUCGACCUUCGUCCUAGUCAUGCUGCACACUGGCAGUGCUGACGGGCCGUUGGGGGAUACUAUUUACACCACGUUGCGGGCGUCGUUUCACUUGCUGGCGGUGGACACUCUUGUGUCUAUCAUCGUCUCCUUCGUUUGGCUGGCAGCGCUUCGGUCAUUCGUAAAACCGCUGGUGACCGUGGUCAUGGUUGCGGUGCCAGUGAUUUUGAUAUCGUUUUCGCUGUACCCCUUUAUCUCCAGCUACCAGUCGACAAACGGCAGUUCGCGCUUCCAGGACACGGUCAUGCGGUGGGCGGCCGGUGUCCCGGCGAUUUCAGCCGUGGUUUGGUUGUAUUUGGUGUACAAGGGCCGGCACGCGAUCCGGUCGGCUGUGGGCAUCCUCGAGUUUUCAAGCCGUAUCCUAGCUGCCAACUCGGCUCUCGUCCUCGUGGGUAUGGGCUGCCUGGCCGUGGUGGUCGCGUGGACUUGGAUCUGGCUCUUCAUGUUCACGCGCGUAUUUAUGGGGGGCGAUUUCUCGAGCAAGCUGGCCCGGUUCAUCAUCAGCGCGUCUAGCUGGUGGCUCGGGGUCUACUUUGUUCUCAUGUACAUGUGGACCACAUCCAUCAUCUCCGGAGUUCAGCGGAGCACCACGGCAGCCACGGUAUCGCAGUGGUACUUUCACCGCAACGCGGUACCCGCCCCUUCGUCCCGCGAAGUGGUCUCCGCGGCCCUCGGCCACGCCCUGACCACCAUUUUUGGCACCAUCAGUCUCUCCACCCUGCUCGCCCUCGCCAUCCGCCUCCCACUGCUCGUCCUCCCACAGCGGCUGGCUAACAUCCUCAGCAUGUUCAUGUACCAGUUCAUCCCGACACCCAUCGCUGCGCUGACGAACCCUUUGACCCUAACCUAUGCGGCGAUCCACUCGCAGCCCCUGGCCGUCUCAUCGCGCGGGCUCAGCCAGAUGGACUUUAUCGCGCCACAGCGACCUACCACUACCCUAACACCUGCCGCGCUGCCCAAAGACAACCGGUACUCGCCGCUGCUUCCGUACCGCCUGGCCAAGCUAAUCUUGCACGCCACGCGGUUUAUCAUGACCAUUGCGCUAGGUUUUGCCGGCUGGGUGAUGACGGCGCGACAGUUGCGGGUGGAACAACCCGACGGUGGGCUGGGUGUUCGUGGCAGUGCGUAUGCGUACGUCGUAGGUAUGGUGGCCAGUUUUAUUGGAUGGGGCAUCCUGGGUGCGAUGGAGGGUAUUCUAACAGGCAUCGUCGAUGCUGUGGUCAUUUGUUAUGGCAGCGAGAAACGUAUGGCGACGGGUGCCGGUGGCUACUGCAUGGAGGCGGCGUAUCUGUUUGGGGAUCGGCGGGGGGGGCAGGAUAGGGAGGAGCUUUACUGA